AGACAGUUGUUGAAAAUUUUGAGAAUAUGUAUGCCAGAAGAUGGAGCCACCUACAUGUUCAUACCCUUAGCUGAUGCAAGAAAUAUGGAGAGGUCUUAUGAAAAUCCUGGACUGAAAAAAAUAUCUGCAUUAUUUGUGGACAGUUGUGCAGUGGUCUCACACUUCCCAGAACAGGCAUUACUUCCUUGUCUUUGUGUCCAUUUCAGAAUGUGUGUGUGGCUGCUGUACUUGAUCCUGAUGGUGGCUGUGGAAGCAUGUGAGGUGCAGUACACAGGCGCUGUGCUGGAACUGGAGCCCUACAGUAGCUGGGAGGCUGGUGGUUUGGCUAUCCUACAAGAGAAUGCCCAACUCUUUCUAGAGCAUGCAAACUUUGCCAAACAGCAGGGUGCCGACAUAUUGGUGUUCCCGGAAUAUGGCCUGACCAGCACCAACCUACAGGGUGGGGACGUGCUUUCGCUCUCCCAGGUGGUGCCUUGCCCCGAAGACUAUGUGGUACCUUGUCAACUCAGCUACACUGACGAUCAUAGCAAGGUACUGGGUGAACUCAGCUGUGGUGCUGCCCAGUUGCAGCUCUACUUGGUAGUGGACCUCAUAGAAGUGGACCACUGUGACACUCAAUGCCUCCUGGACUGUUCUAACACUGGAUACCGCCUGUACAACACCCAAGUGGUUCUGGACCGCUGUGGAGCCGUAGUGGCCAGGUACCGCAAGAAGCACCUGUUUCUAGAGCCUGAGUUCACUGCAGGGACAGAGGAUGACUCUACUGCUAUCUUCACUACUGAUUUUGGUGUCACAUUUUCACUUCAGGUUUGCUUCGAUAUCAUGUACGAGUCUCCAGGUGUUGCUAACGUGGAGGCUGGAGUGCGUAAUGUAGCAAUGAGUACUGCAUGGGUGGACGAACUGCCCUUUCUUACAGAAGACCCUCCCAAGAGGAAUUGCAAGACUCUACUGUCCAACUCAGUUAUUAAGUCAAUUUGGGCAGGGCUAGUUCAGGGAGUUCCCUGGCCAUAGCUCUGCCAAAUCUAAUUUAAUGUAUGUAGAAUAUUUGAUUUACAAUUUCAAUUAGUACUUAGAUGACAUAUGAGGGAGAGAGUGAUGCAUUGGGGGUGAUGCAGCAAUGCUGUGAAGAGGUUUGUGCCCCACCCAAACUGACCAUGUUUGUGUUGAACUUUAUGGUGAACGUUUAAGGGCACCCCAGUCUCCCAACUCCUAACUUCUUCAUUCAAUAAAGAGCACACUCAAAGCAUUUAA